AUGGCUGAAACCGCCCGCCAGAAGCCCGCCGGCCCUCCCUCGCCGCAGACUCUCUACGCGCCCGCCGACUUCGUCCCCGUCUGGGCCAGAAGUCACGUGAAGUACGCCCAGAACCUGCUCGAGCUGAGCGACGAGCCGAUCGAGUACGACGACGACGAGGACUACAACGACAACUGCUUCUUCUUCCCCGAGGACUGCGUGUACAACCCGCCCCCGGACCUGGCCAGCAACCCGGAUGCCUCUGCGGCCGACGAGACAGACUCGGACUCGGACAGCCUGCUCCUACACGACGACCUUGACGCCGACGACGACGCCAACCACACAGACGAAACAGACGACGCAGACGACGCCAUGGCUCCCGCGCUGCCGGAGAUCAAGAUGCUCGAUACAGCGGCCCUCAGCGACCUGCUCUCAGAUAACCUCUCGCCGCCAGAGAUAACCUCUAUAUUUAUAUUCGCUUCGAACGGGGCAGUGUUUGCGCACGCUUCUCCCCUCCCCCAGCGCAGGAUACGGAACCUGUGCGCGACGUACGGAGCGGCGUACAAGUCGUACGCUGUCAAGGCUCCCAAUGGCAACCUCACCGGUGUCAGCGCCUCCAUUCACCCCUCCGCCUUCUCCAGCACUCCCUCCAUCCCACUAGGGAACGUCGGCUCCAUCAUGUUCGAGCUGCAGGAUAUGGUAGCGGUGGUCACCAAAAUAGCAGACAAGGUCCUUCUCGCCGUUGUUGGGCCUACACAUAUCGUCGAAGAGCAGCCUGCUCCUCGGACGACGCAGCACGGAGGGGACCUUGGCGGUAGAGCAAGAAUGAUUGCAGGCUCAGCAGCCAGCGACUCGGAACGAACCGUGAAGGCCGCAGGAGACUCGUCCUUCUCCACCCUCACUGCUCUCGAGAACCCCAAGGCCGAACACGUAUCUGCCAAACUCGCCUCUUCGGCCCCAAAUCCCGCCUCCUCCCUCUCCAGCCUAGCUAGCACCUCACCCACGCCCCCCUCCGACGAACAGAUCGAACAAGCCGAGAUAAGGCAGGACGAAGACAUCAUUCAUCAGGCACUGCGGGCCCAGUGGGCCAUCGAUCGAAGCCACGACCUCGAUCGUCUGGCGGGGCUCAAUCUGUCUUCCAGCCCGCAUAUCCUACUCGCCCUCGAAUCAAAAUCCGCCGCUUUGGGCAAAUUUUUGGGCAACAAGCUAGCGGACCUAGAGAGUCCCGAAGACUUUUGA